CACAUCUGACCAUAUAAUUUCUUUUGGAGUUUUAGUUAUGACUAUGUUAUCCUGCUGUAUGUUCUCUCAUUCAAUAGUUGUUGUCAAUUAAAUGAAGCAACUUCUAAUUUUCCAUUUACUUUUCUUGAUACUGUUAACAACAGAAUCAACAGAAGCUCUUAAUUUGGCCAAGAAAGGAUGCCAAGAAAGAUGCGGGGAGGUCGGGAUUCCAUUCCCUUUUGGAAUCGGAGAACAUUGUGCUUUGGACGAACGGUAUGCUGUUGAUUGUUACUCAUCAAUCCCAUAUCUGUCUGUAUUCAAAAACAUGGAGGUGAUGAAUGUAAGUUUGGAACAACAAACAAUCACAGUAAACGCCUCAGUGAACUUUGAUUGCAAGAAUCGAGUCUUAAAUAGUAGUCAAAUCUUAAUCAGCAACAUCGACUUUGGAGGCAGUGGAAGUCCCUUCCUGUUUUCCAGAUUGCAUAACAUAUUCGUCGCUGUGGGAUGUGGCAAUGCUGUGAUCAAGGAUGUGGAUGGGACUACUGUCACAGGAUGUUCAACAACUUGUAGCAAUGACACUUUUAUCGACUUAAAGAACUGCUAUGGCGUUGGGUGUUGCCAAGCGACAGUUCCAUAUCAUCUCCAGCAGUUCACCUUGAAUUCAACACGAUUGGAAAGGCAGGGUGCAGAUGGAACAUGUGGAUCCGCCUUCUUGGUGGAUGAGGAUUCAUUCCUUAAUGGAAACUUUUCUCUUCGGUUUAUGUCUGGGGACCACUAUUCUGUUCCGAUAUCACUUUUUUGGCCACUAGCACGUAUUUACCCGCAAGACGUUCCAACUUUUAAGCGCCCAGAGUGCACAGAUGUCGAGUUUUAUCUACAUGACGGUACAUUGGAGGGUUACAGAAAGUGCCAGUGCAGUACAUCAGAAGAAGGAAACCCAUAUCUACCAAAUGGGUGCAGAAAAACUGAAAAAUGUAUGGAGUGUGAACGUAAGGGGGGUCUUUGUAGCCGCUCCUAUAGUACAGAAUAUGAUGAUGCUACAUCGCAAAUUCUCUCCAUACCGUCUUGUGACAUACCAUUUGGCCCCAAAUCAUCACUAGGUGUUAUUCUGGGUGUCAGCAUAAGCUUGAGUUUGCUUUUCCUAACGGCGUUUAUCUAUGGAUUACACAAAGUAAUCACGAAAACCAUAGAAAAGAGACAGAAAGAAAAGUUUUUUAAACGCAAUGGUGGUCUACUUCUUAAACAACAAGAAGCAACUGAUGCAGGCUUAAUUGAUAAAACCAUACUUUUCACCUCCAAAGACUUGGAGAUGGCCACUGACAAUUAUAACGAGAAUAGAAUUCUUGGCCGAGGAGGUCAAGGUACGGUGUAUAAAGGCAUGUUAGCAGAUGGAAGAAUUGUCGCUGUCAAGAAGUCAAAGAUUGUUGAUGAAAGCCAGUUAGAUCAAUUUAUCAAUGAGGUUGUGAUUCUGUCACAAGUCAAUCAUAGGAAUGUGGUCAAAUUAUUGGGAUGCUGCCUAGAAACUGAGGUUCCUCAACUCGUCUCUGAAUUUGUCCCAAACGGCACGUUGUAUGACUUUAUUCAAGAUGAUGCCGGUGAGUUUCAAUUCUCUUUGAACACGAGAUUACAAAUUGCUACUGAGGUUGCAGGAGCACUCUCUUACUUACAUUCAGCAACUUCCAUUCCAAUAUACCAUAGGGACAUCAAGACCACCAAUAUUCUUUUGGAUGAGAAGUAUAGGGCCAAAGUUUCUGACUUUGGAACCUCCAGAUUCGUCUCAAUAGAUCAAACUCACUUAACUACGUCAGUCAAAGGUACAUUUGGUUAUUUUGAUCCAGAGUACUUCCAAUCUAGUCAGUUCACCGAGAAAAGUGAUGUCUAUAGUUUUGGAGUUGUUUUGCUCGAACUUUUUACGAGAGAGAAGCCAAUUUCCUUGACAAAAUUUGGCGAACAUAGAAAUUUAGCAAUAUAUUUUAUGCUUGCCAUGGAAGAAGGUCGUGUGAUGUCUGUUUUUGACCAGGUGGUUGUGAACGAGGAUUCAAAGGGUGUGCUCUUGGCAAUAGCUAACUUGGCAACGCGAUGUUUGAGUACGAAUGGGAAACAUAGACCAACAAUGAAAGAAGUAGCUAUUGAGUUAGAAGGAAUUAGAAUGUCACAUGUGCCUUCUACAGUUGAACAUCCACUGAUGUUUACAUAUAACUGGUCAACAUCAAGUUUCAAAGAAACAAUUAAUUAACCAUUGGACGAGUUUUGUUUUAAGUUAGCGUUUAAUCAAGUCAUGAUUUAUUCUGUAUCGCUUUGCUUGUAAAAUAAUUUGUAUACAAGAGUUAAAGAAAAAUUCUUAUAGUACUAUGUUGCUUUUG